GCUUCAUAGCUCUUUGAAACCAAGAUAUUUAAUAGAUAUGGUUCAGUGGUAUACUUCUUGUGUUUGCAUAGUUUUCAAGCCUUGGUAUAAGAAUAGUUAAAGUUGUUCCUGUAGAAGGAAGUAGAAAGGAAACUUGAGAGAGGAAGUAAAAGAAGGAAACUAACAUUAGCAUAAAUAAGACUUCCUCUCAUCUAAAUGCCUUCAGGAAGAGUUAAAUUUCCUAACCAGAACAUGGAUUCUUUUUGGCCAGACUGGAGUGCUUUAAGUAUUUUGGAAUACCGUGCACCCAUACUUUAAUAUCUACAUUUCGGUUUCUGCACCUAUUAAGAGUUUUAAUUCAUCAUGGAUAAUCUGUCAGCAGAAGAACUUCAGCUGAGAGCUAACCAGGUUACUGAUGAGUCUCUGGAAAGUACAAGGAGAAUCCUGGGCUUAGCCAUUGAGUCUCAAGAUGCAGGAAUCAAGACUAUCACUAUGCUGGAUGAACAAGGGGAACAACUAAACCGAAUAGAAGAAGGCAUGGAUCAAAUAAACAAAGACAUGAGAGAGGCAGAGAAGACUUUAACAGAACUCAACAAGUGCUGUGGCCUUUGUGUAUGCCCAUGUUAUAGAUUCUCAGAUGUUGGUUGUUUCUGUGAAACCAGGACAAAGAACUUUGAGUCUGGUAAAGCCUAUAAGGCGACAUGGGGUGAUGGUGGAGACAACUCUCCUAGCAAUGUAGUAUCUAAGCAGCCAGGCCGAGUGACAAAUGGUCAGCCUCAGCAAGCAGCCACAGGAGCAGCCAGCGGCGGAUACAUUAAACGUAUAACAAAUGAUGCCAGAGAAGACGAAAUGGAAGAGAACUUGACUCAAGUGGGCAGUAUCCUAGGAAAUCUAAAAAACAUGGCCCUGGACAUGGGCAAUGAGAUCGAGGCUCAAAAUCGACAAAUAGAACGGAUCACAGAAAAGGCUGACACCAACAAAGACCGUAUUGACAAUGCCAAUGCCAGAGCAAAGAAACUCAUUGACAGCUAAAGUUACUGCUGUACUUCUUUAUCAUAUGUUCACUUCCCUAGCUCCUCCUUCAAAGUCAUUACCUUUCCAAAGUUUGAAAUUUUGGUUCCACACUUCUAAUCGAGAGAGGAUGUGGAAGAAGAUCUAGGAGUAACAGCCCCCCUAUUAUUUUUUUAUUUUCUCUUUUUCCCUUGAGAGUAGACUCCUGCUUAGUGUUCCAUCUAAUAUUUUUUCUCAGUUCAUACUCUGAGAUUGGUUUUCACACGUCAUAUGUAGUGUUUUUCAUCCCUUCCAUUUACUUUUAGCAGGUUCUUCUGCUUUCAAGAUUUGGAAAUGCUGCCAAAGAUAGCCAUGUAAAAGGGAAGCUGGAGGUAUUGGGGGCAUUCAUGAGGAGGAGAGGCAAGAGAUAAAAGGUUGUUAUCUCAGUAAAAUCUGCAGACCCUAAAGCAAAAAGUUGCAUAACCACAGUGAAGAUCUGGUUCGGUUUCAUUUUUAUUUAAGUUGCAGUUAUUGCCAGUUUAGGUUGAUGGUUAGUUUUAGAACUUUCGAAACAAUGUUUUGGUUAUACAUCACAACUUUGCAACCUCUGCUCCAAAAAAGAAUAGAGUGAGUUUUAAUGUGAGCUUAAUUUCUGAACUCUUAGUGAUUCAUAUAUGUACAUAGAUUCUAUGAUCCCAUUUCACAUUGCACCAUAUAGGAACACAUGUAUAAAUAAAUGGCUUUUUACUUCCAUAUUAUUAAUAGUAUCAUGGUCCCAUCAUAGGCCUAUUAACCUCAUAAAUUUGUCAUUAGUCUUUGAAGAAAAAAAUAUGUAAAUAUGUAUGUAUAGCAUAAGAAUUUCUCUCUAAAGCAGGGUUUUAAAUUUUUGGAAAAGUCUGACAAAGUAUAUCACGUGAAUUCAGAUUUACCUCAAUGCCAAGAAUUAUGUUUAGAUAGGAAAAAAAUAAACUUGUUUUGAUCUCAGGUAGAAAAUAGUUAGGUUGCUUUAGGUUUUAUGUAGCUUUAGACUUUUAAAAACUAGAAUUUGUGCUGUUUAAAAAUGAUUUAGAAAAUUAUGCAUUUGGUUUACUUAUUGAUGAUUGCACUAUCGUUCUCUUACCUUUUGUAUUGGACUUGCAGAAUCACAUUUAUUUAGAUCCUCAGCAGUGUUAUAAGAAUGAUUAGUAUUUGUCACUGUUUAUUUAAAAACUAGCUUCUGCAUACUUCAAAACUAUUAAUGUGGAUUGGUUUGACCAAUAAUCACUCUUUGAUCCUUACGAUUAAAUUUCAUAACUAACUAAUGGAAUUGUUCUUUCAAAUAAGUAAUAUGUUUCUGUGACUUCUUUUUUGGGGAGAUGGAAGGCAAUAAUUUCAUCAGCUCCUAGUUGACAAACUGAGUAAAGCGAAAGUCCAUCAAUCAAAAGGCACUCCAGCACAGAGCUGCCUUUAGCACCUUUCCCAUUUUUAUUGGAAAUACAAGAAUUUUCCCUUC